AUGGCAGUUUUCUCUGGAGAUUGGGCUCUUGCAUUUGGCAUACUUGGUAAUAUCAUAUCUUUCAUGUUCUAUCUUUCCCCAUUGCCAACUUUCUAUCAAAUUCAUAAGAAAAAGUCAAGUGAAGGAUUUCAAUCAGUUCCUUACGUUGUUGCUCUCUUCAGUUCCAUGUCGUGGAUGUACUAUGCAUUUCUCAAGUCCGAUAAUACCACACUACUUAUUACUAUAAAUUCUGUUGGAUGUUUCAUUGAAACUGCAUACAUUUGCUUCUACCUUUUCUAUGCGCCAAAGAAGAUACAAACUAUAAAGUUAAUUGUUCUGCUGCUAGUUUGUGGGUUCGGUCUAGUCGUUCUUGCAAAUCAACUUGUGGUGAAAGCAUCGAAACGUGCUCAGGUUGUUGGAUGGAUUUGUCUAGUAUUUUCAUUGUGUGUAUUUGUUGCCCCAUUAGGCAUUGUGAGACAAGUUAUACGAACCAAGAGCGUAGAAUAUAUGCCAUUUCUUUUAUCAUUUUUUCUCACAAUUAGUGCUGUUAUGUGGUUCUUUUAUGGUCUGCUACUCAAAGACUAUAACAUUGCUAUUCCAAAUGUUCUAGGCUUCAUCUUAGGAGUUCUUCAAAUGGUGCUUUAUGUAAAAUACAAAAAUGCAGGCAGUACUGCCAUGAAUGAUGAGCAAAAGCUUCAUGAAAUACCAAAGAAAAUUAUAAUUUUGGAAGAACAGAAGAUUCCAGAAUUAACUGAGCAAAUUAUUGACAUUGUCAAAAUCAGUGCACUGUUAAAUUCAGAGAAAACUCCUGUGGUUUCACACCCCAUUAGUGAUGGAAUUGAAGAAGCUCAUGAGCAUCAGAAUUUUCCCAAGGAGAUUGAAGUUUAA